UUAGUGCCCGGGAUAUGAUUCCACAGAGAGGUAAAGACUUAUCAAUUUAUUCCCGGGGUUUAAAUGAAUCGAUACGUAAUGUUUUAACUCACAUGAUGUGAGUUACAAAAAUAUCAUAUCACUUUAAGACCUACAGUGAGUUAUGUGCAAUGAAAUGUCUUAGAGUUCUGAGGAUUUUUAAGAAAAAAAUGUCAUGUCCCAAGGCGAUAUCACACGUGUCAGCAUAUUCGUUUGUAGUGAAUAAGUGAUUGCAACAGAAUGGAGCUAAGCAACAAUGUUGGUGCCUACAUAAAAAAAUCUAAAUAACAAAAUGUAUCAAGUAAAAAUCAUGGUAACAAUAACAACACCAAUAAAAGAGAUAAUAAUAGCUAAACAUUUUCAUCAUCAGUUGAGAAGAAGAGACGGUCGAAAUAAUCUACACCAACUCAAAGAAAUGAAAACAGUACAAACCCCAGUCUCCAGUCCUCAAAAUUCUCCAAAAAGACCAAAAUCUGCUGAACCCCUCAUCGAUGAGAACAGUAAUCUCGGUCCCAAGAACUUGAAGACCACAGUCACUGCAAAACAUCGCUCUAGGAAACUUCUCGAAUUCACUCCAAGUUUGUUUCGCAAAGGACCGCAACGAUCAAAUAAAUCUGCCAGUGACAAUGAACUCGUUACAUCUAGGAAAGUCCCUAAAAUGGCUUGGGAGAACGUGGAGGAGAACAUCACAGGCUACAAGGGCUACUUCAGUGAUUCCCCUUCAGAAAUAAAUCCAAUCGAUAAUGGUGAUGGUACAAAUAGAAACGUUGAUAAAUCUCCAAGAGAAUUGAAGAUAGAGUCUGAGAACAUCAUUUUCUCUCAGCUUUCAGAGACCAGUAGGAAACAUUUUUUGGGUCAAAGUGUGGAAACGCCAUCGAGGAAAAGUGUUACACGUGAGGCUGAUAACAGUUAUAAGUUUUGUUCUCCAGCUCUUCAGGAUCUUUCAUGUAAGAGUCCAACGAUACAAGAAUUUUUCAGUCCUACACUUUUGUCCCAGCCUGAAACCAGAGUAUUAAAUCGGAAGAAAAUUCCGCCCAAGAAUGUCUCACAAAAUUCUAGUCGAAUUGUCCGGCGUAAUCCACUGUUCAAAGUUGGAAGGAAUUUGGCGCAUAAGUGGACGAAUAAUUAUGAUGUUAUCGAUCAACAAUUCCAUUCUCCAAAUUACCAAAGCCAUUCAGAAUAUGUCAUACCAAGUCCAGGAUCUUCAAUCCAGUUUGAUGGUUCACUAGAUGAUCAGAAAAUUGUCACUCAUAAGAACUUCUUCAUCAAUCACUUCGAAAAGCAAAAUCGAAGUGUUGUUUUCCCUCAGAAUCACACGACUGAUUGGAGAAAUACUGCACAGAGACGUCAUAUAUUGGGGGAGAUCCGUCAGCCCCCAAAUCCAGUGUUGAAUCCGUUGAGAAAGGAGAUGUCUUUUGUCUUCCCUGCGGUCAGUGGGUUUUCUUAUAAUGAAACAUAUUCUUCACCUGGAAGUCAAGAAUCUACCCAUUUGAUAAACAGUGACCUUCGUAUGCAGAAUGUAUAUCGAGGAUUCCAAAUUCCGAAUAACAUUAUCAAUGCUCCAUUGACCGAUGAAAUCGCGGUGAAUUUGAGUUUCAAAUCGUCCCAGAGCUCAGUCUACAGUCCAGUGAUGUCAGAACCACAAUCAAAAGAGAAUGGCAAUCUACGAAACUAUAAUAGCACAUCGACUUCACCAAUAUUUCCAGAAGACGAACAAAAACUUCCGGAAUCUCAAGAAAUUUUGAUAAGCGAUGAUGAAGAAGAGCAAGUUGCAUCUCAGCAAAUAAUUUCUCCAGAUGUCACAGGAAUCCUUACAACUAAAGAAGACAUUUCAAGUGAUCAAAAUCGAGAACUUAUACAAUUGGAGUCUUCAAUUCAUACAGGAGAAGGUCUAUUUUCACUUUCACCAGUAACUCAUCAACUUGAUGGGGAAGAGAAUAAAUUUCUAUUAGGAACUGAUUUUUCAAACAAACAGGAAGAGAAUGUACAAUGUCAAGGGGACAUCUCUAAUUCAGGAAACAUCUUGUCACAUGAAAAAGUGAAUUCUUCUUACGGGAUGAAUCUUUGUGAAAAUUGCAGAAUAAUCACUUUAAACAUUAAUGAAGAGGUGUCUAAAGAGAAUGUUUCAAAUGCAGGUCAGCAAGGAAUGUUAUGCCCAAGGAACAUCGGGUCUAGUGGAGAUAUUAAUUUUUCUAACGAAUCUUCGCAAAUUUUACAGACAAUCCCUUUGAUUGCAGACAAAUGUAUCCCUAACGAGAAUCGUCAUUUCGCCAGAGAGCAUCAGCCAUCGGCGUCCACGGAAAUUUGUAGUCAGUUAACUCCUUCAUCAUCUUCAUUACCAACAGACAAUUCCAAUCCUUGGUUGAACGUUACAAGUCAAGAUUUUAGUCAAGAAAAUUCUUUGUACAAUACAAGUGCUCUCUCUCAAGAUUCAGGUCAAGCAUCAAAAGAUUCACUUACUUCACAACAUUCCUUCAUAUCUACAACUUCAGAAGAAGGUAACGACAGUGAUGGUGAUGAUGAGAAUAUUAAUGACCAUUUUUUAUCAAUAAGCCAAAUUUUGAACGUGGAGGCAUCAACAAUGAAGAAAUACAUUGAGAGAAUCAUCCAUCGGUUGGAGAGUGAGGUUUAAGAAUUGGUCGGUGGUUGGGGGUUUCCGCAUAUCCAUUAUUAUUUUAUUAAUAUUCUUCAAAUUAGAUAGACGGGUCAUUUAAUCCAAGUGCCAUUGUAAAAUCAAUCUAGCAAUAUUCUAUAAUCGUAUUAUUAAAAUUAAUCAUCACUCAUCAAUUCUUAAUUUCAAUAUAUGAAUUUUCAACAUAGUCCGAGUUAUAUAAAUAUUUCCCCUACUUGACUAUGGAGAGGUCGUAAAACCAAAUUCUCCAAAGGAUGAAGACGAAAAUCUGCUUUCGAGGAAACAUCUAUAAAUUCUAGGAGAAAUCAGCAGGGCUUCGAGCCUAUCCGACAGAAAGUACGUGACGGAUGUAGACGCUUCGUGCGCCUAUCAGUAUUAUUGUUUUGAUACGAUUCAUCACGUUAUUAUUAUAAGUUGAUUUGAAUCAAUAUGUUAUUUCACCUAGACAAAUUUCCAUAGUAUUACUAAGGAGAAAUUCGUGGGAAAUGAUGAAAACUUCUUUGAAAAUUCAUGAUUUUUUUUUUAUUGAAAAGGGAUGGGAAUUUCCACCGAGAAUCAAUUGGAGAUACGUCGAAAUCCAUGAAAACUUAAAUUGAGAGAAUCAAUACAUUUUCUGUUGGAAAAUGAUGGUAUCAAAGAUCAGACAAUAAUUCAAUGUUAAUCUAUACGGUCGUUAUCGAUGGAAAACCAUGAAUAUCUCGGAUGCUAAAUACGAUCAAGUUGGUUCCUUUUAUACAGACAAAAAUAUAUAUACCAUUUACUCAUUCAUAUUA